UUCCGGCUCCUCCUUUCGUUAGGAUACACAGACAGGAGGCACGUUUAUUCCCCGCUGCGCAGCUCCUCCAGCGCCUCACCCAGCCCCAGUUGCUAACUUGCUCCUGGAGCCGAGCCAGCAAGGCAGAGUUAAAGUGACAGGAGAACAACAAAGCGUCCGACUGCGGAAUAUCCUCCCCCGCGAAGUUGUGGAGCCCGGCCUGAAAAAUGACUCGGAGCGGCCGAGGGCCGCCCGGCUCUUGGGAGCGCGCUGCGGGGGGCAGAAUGACUGAGUGUCUAAUGCACGUGCCGCUGCUGCGGGGCUGGCUGUGCGGUGGGAGGGGCAAGUCCCGUCCCCCCUUCUGAGCACAUGCUCCCAGGCGCCAAGGGCUGUGGCCCGGCCUGAAGCCGGGAGGCUCCACCCCACACUCCGGCUGCCUCUCUCCGCGGCCAGGGCUGGAGGGUGCGAUCCAGGGGCAGGUGGCCCAGCCCAGCUGCCUGUGGCGGUGGCGGCAACAUCCCAGCAGCGGGUGCCCCCGGCCCGCCCCGUCGCACUCGCCGCCCUAGGGAAGGGCCGGUCGCUUCGUGGCUCACUGCGGGAGCCGGAGCGGCAACAGCGCGCUUGGCUCCUUUGUCUGGUUUCUCUUUCCCUUCCCGGCACAGACACACACACGUGCUGCCCCGGCCUCCCCUGGGGGCGCAUCGCGGGCAGCGGGAGCCAGAGCCCGGCUGCUGGCGAGCCGCUGGGGAGCUGCCCGAGCGGAGAUGAAGCCCCUGACUAGGCGCUGCUGCUCCGAGGAGGGGCUGCUGCUGCAGGUCACCCUCCUGCUCAGCCUGGCGGGGCUGCGGCUGGACCUGGAUCUCCUCCGGCGCCGGGCCCCGGACACUUCCCACGCGGGGAGCAGCCCUCCGCACCCUAAGUGCCCAGAGCGGGACUGGGACCGGCUGCUGCUGCUCCGGGAGGUGCGGGCGCUGGGGGGCCCUUACAUCCCCAGCACCAGCCUGGACGCCUGGCUGGUGCACGCCGUGGCCGGCGAGGAGAAUGGGGCGCUCCCCUCCUCGCCUGUCAGUGGCGCCGGCGGAGAUGGCCCCAGCGAAAGCGGUGCCCAGGAGGGCCCCGAUCACCCCCGCUCCGUCCGGGGGAGCAGCCUGCAGCAGCAGGCCCAGGAGGAAGGGGAUGGAGGAGUUGCAGCGGCCCCCGGAGCCGAGCCCAGCCCUGGGGGAAGUGACUGCCCUAUCCUAGAGGAUGUAGACUUGGAAACUGGUCAGGAAGCUUUGGAUUACUAUUAUCCGCAUAAAGGAAGUGAACAAUCAGAAUCACAAGAGGGGGAGGAGAAGAUAAAGCAGGUGAAUGAAGAAGAAAAUGAAAAAAAGGCUAAACCUGAGGGGGAAGAGAGAGAAAAUACAGAUUCUAGCACUGAGAGCAACAGAAAUUCCAUAAAUUCCUUUCCCUUCUUGGAGGACUAUUUGCUGCUGCAGUCAUCACAGACAGAAAAUGCACGAGAGAGCAUAAUUGAAAACACCAGCUCUACCUCCCAGUCUACAGCAGGGCUAGUACGUGAUAACUUCAUAGAAGAAAUAUGGCAAGACUUUCUUCUGUCACCUGAGCUACAGGAGAUUUCACUGGGAGAUUCUCAACCUGUUGCUAGUAGUAGUAGAGGCAUGAAUUCAUUAUCCUCUCACUACACUGUAAAUUUGACCCAGGCUAUUAGCCAUGACGUUAGCCUCCGUGAAGCUAUGUUACUGAGAUCAAACCACAGCACUAGGGUAAAUCCAGAAAUAAGGAGUGUACAGAGACAAGAGUCGUUUCUGCAGUUAAAUUCUAGCAUCACAAACCCCGAAUCAUUACUUAAUGGGACUAAUUGGGGGUUAUUUCCAUCUGUUGACAUUAGGAACCUAACAAACCAGGAUCUUCUUUCAGACCUUGAUGAGAACAUAUUUGAUGAGAUAAAUCUAAUGGCAUUAGUAUUGGAAGAAGGUUUUGAUCCUAUAGAAGUCUCUCAGCUUUUUGAAGAACCUGACUCAGAUUCUGGACUUUCUUUAAAUUCAAGCCAGAGCACAACCUCUUCAACCAAUUCUGAUUCAUCAUCUGUUCCAACCUGCAAUGAAGGUGCCGUUGGAUACAGUAGCAAUAUAGAAUAUAUUUCCCACAAUGGCUUAGGAACUGUAGGGGGUCGUUACCCAGAGCAUAGUAAACACUGCCAUAUGGACUAUCAAAGCAAUUCAGACUAUUGUGGGGAAUCCACACUUCAACAUAUUUUUCAUAACCACACUUACAAUCAGUUGCCAAAUGAAUUAGUAUCCACUUCUAAGAAUCAUUCUUCAUCAUCUGGGAAAUCAAACAAAGUAAAGGGCAGGUGCCUCACAGAUAAUCUUAGCCAGGAUGAAUGCUAUGUGAAAGCCUUGAGAAUUCCAUUUUCUGUAGAUGAAAUUGUGAGCAUGCCUACUGAUGUGUUCAACAACAUGUUAUCGAAGUUCUAUCUGACAGAUACUCAAAUAUCGCUUAUACGUGACAUAAGGCGAAGAGGAAAAAACAAGGUUGCUGCUCAGAACUGCCGCAAACGUAAACUAGAUGUGAUCCUGAACUUAGAAGAUGAUGUGUGUAAGCUUCAAGCCCAAAAAGAAAGCCUUAAGAAGCAGAAAUCUCAGUGCAAUAAAUCAAUUAGCCGUAUGAAGCAAAAACUAAAUGACCUUUAUGAUGUAAUUUUUAGUAGGUUAAGGGAUGACCAGGGCAGACCUGUUAAUCCAAGCCAGUAUGCUCUUCAUUGCAGUAGUAAUGGCAGGGUUUUGAUAAUACCUAAGAGACUGGUCACAUCAGAACAGAAACAAGAUAACCAAAAAGAACAGAAACAAAAAUAAGUAAUAUUAAGAUCACUACAUUAUUUAGAACUCAUUCUGCUGACAGUGUGGUGAAGAUAGUGGCAUAAAUGCUGGAGGCCAAGAAUGCUUAUGAACAUGUUAAAAAAGAAAAGAGACCCCAACUGUAAUAUUUUGAGACUUGUGCAUGUGGCCUGCAUCUUUAAUUAUUGGGAUGGUUUUUAUAUAUAAAUAUAGUAAAUUGUCAACACUUAGAAGCUACAGCAGUAAAAACGUGCUAGUUUGACUGAGCUGGUGAAAUGUAAUUAGUCACUGGAGGAUGCUAGGCCACCAGCAGAAAUAGAAUUUCUACUUAGUGUGGAUUUAUUGCCUUUAAAUGAGUUUGCACACAGUAUUUGCAAAUAAAUAUUUCACUGACAUAAUUGUAUGGAAAAAGGGUUGGAGAGAGCAGACAGGUAUAUAAGUUGUCACACUUGAAACUAGGAGACUUCUCCCUAUUUUGUAGAGAAAUUGAAGGAUCAAUGCAAACAAAAAAAAAACAAAAAAAAAAACACCCCGCAAAAUUGAGAUCAGUUGCAGAUGGAGGGAAAAAACAUUUUCUUCCUAACUACAAAACUCUUGGAAGGUAAAGUGGCCUUAGAUUUUGAUUUAGUCUAUUAAAACUGGCAAAUUUGUUAGUCUCUAAGGUGCCACAAGUACUCCUGUUCUUCUUUUUGCGGAUACAGACUAACACGGCUGUUACUCUGAAACCAAUUUUAUAGGGACAGUCCUGAUUUUUGGGUCUAUUUCAUAUAUAGGCUCCUAUUACCUCCCACCCCAUCCUGAUUUUUCGCACUUGCUGGCUGUCUGGUCACCCUAUCCUGGAGGCUAUUCAGACUUUUCCUCUCUCCCACAAAAUAAAGAGACACACACACACACACACACACACACACACACACACACUCUAUUUAUAGUUGUAGUCUCAAGCAAAGUGGCAUUGCUCAUUAAUUUUAUACUUCUUUUGACAUUUUUCCCUCUAAAUACAUAUUGAAAUAGAUUGUAUCUGCUUCAACACUGUUACACUAUAGUCUUAUGACAAUAUAACACCAUUGACUUUUCUAUGUAAACAUGAAAGAAUGCAGUGGUGAAUCAGACACUUCCUCUGAUUUGUAUGUUUUCAAAUAUGUGAAGUACUAUCUACUGUCUUUUUUCAGUCUGGAUAACUUGAUUUUUCUCUUUUAUCCAAAGGAAAAUUACUUGUUUUUCUUACAUUUUUAGGUUGUUUUAAAAUUAAUCUUCUGUAAGCACCUUUAAUUUGUUUUUAAACAGAAUUUUUAAAGUCAGAUUUACCAAGAGUUCUCAAAUGUUCCAGGUAAAAUCAACUGCACUAUAUUACUUGCCUUAUGGUUGCUUAGAGUGAAGACAUACUAGCUUUAGCUUAGGAUGUGGAUUUAUCUGUGCCAUGAAAUCUGCAAAGGCAUUUACAUCCUUAUUCACAAUAGAUCAUUUUCUCUCUUUUAUACAUAUCCUAAAACAGGUCUGAAAAGGUAUUAUAAGAAAUAAGUAUGUAGCGAUGAGAUAAGAACUUACACCAAAAAUGUUACCUUUUAAGUAUCAUAAACAUCAGACACAGAAUGUAGUUAUGUGGAUAUCUGGGAUCCUAACACAAAAAUUGGGACAUGGUUUAAAAAACCAAAAAACACAGCUUUAGUAUAAGCACACCACAGCAGCACUGUGCAGUAACUCAGAAAAGUGCUAUACAAAACAUGUAAGAUGCUGUACACACAAAGGAAAUACCAAGAUUACCUGUAUUUCAAAGAAAAAUUGGAUGAAGUAUGCCAUUUAUCAUGGCAUGAAUCUACAGUGUUAAAUUUGCUGCACCUAUGUUUACAGUAAUUAGAGCAGCAGAUGCAAGACUAUAUUUUGUAUAACCAAGUACCUACUUUCCUCAUAAUGCAAAACUUACCCGACAGAGUAAUAGUCUGCUCCUAUACAAUACUCCAUUCACACUGUAUUUGUACAUUAAAAGAUUCCUUUCUAUA